AUGCUCGACCUAAUUCGCGAUUCGGCUUUUGGCCAUUGCGUUCGACUGGUAACACGCGGAAAGUACCUCCAGUAUCCUGAAGAGAGGGACCACGAUAUUUGGAAGAAGUACGUCAGUCAUGAAAAGUCGGGAUAUGCAGCCUACCAUGGAAAAACUCAUCCGCCGGAGGACAAUGCUGAAGAGGCAUUGAGGGAGCUCACCCAGGCGUAUGAUGUAAGGAGUCGCGAAAGACACGACUCAAAUACUACCGCAGUAGGGGAGGGGGUCAAUGAAGCAAGUGGUGUCAGGGUCGAUCCUGAGAAGGGAAAGGACCUUCACGUCAUCGAUUGGUAUGGGCCGGAUGAUCCACAGAAUCCCCGCAACUGGUCACGAGGGAAGAGAUAUUUUGUCACGUUUGAGAUUUGCUUCCUCACCUUUUCUGUGUAUAUUGGUUCAGCGAUAUACACACCUGGUCUUAUGGGCGUCAUGCAAGAGUUUGGCGUUGCUCAGGUCCCUGCGACCUUGGGGUUGACGCUAUAUGUCGCCGGGUACGGUCUCGGGCCUCUCCUCUGGUCUCCGAUGAGUGAGAUUCCGCAAAUUGGACGGCUAUGGGUGUAUAUUGGCACUCUCCUGGUGUUUGUUCUCUUCCAGUUGCCGACCGUCUACUCGGUCAACUUUGGCAUGCUUCUUGCUUUCCGGUUCCUCACUGGCUUCUUCGGCUCUCCUGCUCUUGCUACAGGCGGUGCUUCCAUCGCCGACAUGUAUCGACCCAAGAAACAAGUCUAUGGCAUGGCUGUCUGGGGUGUAGGAGCAGUUUGUGGGCCUGUGCUCGGUCCCUUAGUAGGAGGAUUUGCCGUCAUGGCGGAAGGUUGGAAGUGGACCAUUUGGGAACUGAUGUGGCUAUCCGGCAUCUGCUGGGUGUUCCUGUUCUUCUUUCUACCGGAGACAAGUUCGCCCAACAUCCUGUACCGCAGGACCAAGCGGCUGAGGAAGUUGACUGGCGAUGAUCGGUUUACUUGCGAGCCGGAAAUGACAGCGGCUGAGAUGACACCCAAGGAUGUUAUCCUAAUGAGUCUGGUGAAACCCAUCACCUUGAACUUCACCGAGCCAAUGGUGUUUCUGCUCAACCUGUACAUUGCACUCAUCUACGGUCUUCUGUACAUUUGGUUUGAGUCGUUCCCCCUUGUCUUUGAGGGGAUAUAUGGCUUCAACCUUGGCCUCGAGGGGGUGGCCUUCCUUGGCAUCCUUGUUGGCACAUUUCUUGCCGCCGGGGUACUGUUCGCAUGGAACUACUGGUAUCUAGAACCGCAGUUCGACGACAAUGGCAACAUUCAACCAGAGAAGCGUCUUAUCCCCGCCAUGGUCGGCUGCUUUGCGGUGCCCAUCUGUCUGUUCUGGUUCGGAUGGGCUUCGCGAUCCGAUGUUCACUGGAUCGUACCAAUCAUCGGGUCUGGCUUCUUUGGUGUAGCAGCGUUCACGCUAUUCCAGGCGGUCCUACCGUACUUGAGCGAUGCAUACCCAGACUCAGUGGCUAGUGUGCUGGCGGGCAACGACCUGAUGAGGUCUUCAUUUGGUGCGGGGUUCCCUUUGUUCGCCAAUGCCAUGUACCAAAGAUUGGGUAUCAACUGGGCGAGUAGCUUGUUGGCCUUUCUGGGUAUCGCCUUCAUCCCCAUCCCGUUCGCUCUCUACAAGUGGGGCAAGCAGAUUAGGCACAAGAGCAAGCUGGCGAGGAAGGAUAUCUAA